UUGCAUCCCCUUCCUCUGUUUUUUUCUGUCAAUAUAUAAACCCCCACAACCAAACAAGCCCUCUCCACCUCUCUUCUCUUCUCUUCUCUUCUCUUCUCAUUUCUCUUCUCUUCCACACGAACCCUAUCUUCACACAUUCACUCACCACCACACAUUCACAUUCAUUCAUUUCCCCCCAAACCCAAUUCAAUGCCAAUCCCCUGCGCCCAUUUCAUUGCCUCGGAGAAAGCAGCCAUGGAAGCUGGCCUUCUUCUCCCCUCUUCCUCUCUCUCUCAGCUCAUUCUCACCCAAGACGAUUUGAAGAAAAUCGCCGCCUACAAAGCCGUCGAGUACAUCGAAUCCGGUAUGGUUCUCGGCCUCGGAACCGGCUCCACUGCCAAACACGCCGUCGACCGAAUCGGCAAGCUUCUCCGUCAGGGCAAGCUCAAGGACAUCGUCGGAAUCCCCACUUCCAAGAAGACGCACGAGCAAGCCCUCUCUCUCGGGAUCCCCUUGUCGGAUCUGGACUCUCACCCCGUCGUUGAUCUCGCCAUUGACGGCGCCGACGAGGUUGAUCCUUACCUUAACCUCGUCAAGGGCCGCGGUGGCUCCCUCUUGAGGGAGAAGAUGGUUGAAGGUGCUUGCAAGAAGUUCGUUGUAAUCGUCGAUGAGUCCAAACUCGUUAACUAUAUUGGUGGUAGCGGUUUGGCUAUGCCCGUUGAAGUUAUUCAAUUUUGUUGGAAGUUCACUGCUUCCAGGCUUCAGAAUCUCUUUCAGGAAUCUGGUUGCGUUGCAAAGCUCAGAACUUUGGGCGAAAAGGCUGAGCCUUAUGUCACUGAUAAUGGCAACUAUAUCAUUGAUUUGUAUUUCAAGCAGAGUAUUGGGGAUUUGAAGGCUGCCAGCGAUUCCAUUCUGCAAAUCGCCGGUGUUGUGGAGCAUGGAAUGUUCAUUGACAUGGCUACCACUGUUAUUGUUGCAGGUGAACUUGGCCUAACUGUCAAGAAUAAGUAGUAGCUUAAUUCAAACACCAUUAAAUGACAUGAACAAUAAUGUAGGCAAAAUUGGAAUAAUCAGGGAGGUAGUUUAAUUCGUCAAGGUUGAUGCUUUGACAUUUGGGGAGCCCUUUGGGGGCUUCUAACAUACGAUAUCUGGUGUAGUUGCAAUUGCUGGAGAAAAUAUCUUAAUUUCUCCGCCAAUUUUGUUAUUUUUGACCUAGUUUGAGCAAGCAAGCACAUGUCUGUCUUAUUUGCAUGUUAACUGCUUUUAUUGAUGUUUUGAUAAGCAUAAUGUAAUGGUUGUAAUCUGAACAUGUUGAAUAGUUGCCUUUCACAACAAAGUUCAUAAUAUAUUAUUAAGUAGCCAACUACAUAAUGAAAAGAGCUGAAUAGACCAUAGAUUAUGUAAGUAACUCUACUACUAUUAAGUAGCCAACUACAUAAUCUGUACGUGGUAGAAUGAUAAGAUAAUAUUAUGGACCACUUCUUUCCGAGUGAUUCAAUUACUGGUUACUGCAAUGACCAAUUGAAUAGACCAUAGAUCUUGUAGUAACUCUACUACUACCUCAUAUUGUUUGUUACAUCAGCAAUUUGUACAACUUUGCAUCCUCAUACCAUUUUUUAUUUUAAAUUUAGUUUAAGGCGUGUAUUAAUAGUCAAAGUACUCAAUAGUUAAUAGUUGAUGUGAUUGGUUAUGGCUCAUAAAAGUUUCAUUUUUCUUUGCUUUUUUCUCUUUUUAGAUUUUAAGUGUAAUUAUUUGGAUAUUGGCUUAUACAUGCUUGUUUAGCAUUGGCUUCCACUAUGGCUUGCAUGCCAAAUAUGCUAUGAUGGAUAACAUAUCACCAACGAGAUCAAGUAAAGGACAAUAAUAUUUUUAACAUGGAUCUGAACAGCAACUUCAGUCCAAACAUGCAGAAGCUGUUGGGAGGUUUCAGCUUUCAUGUUUUUUGAGAGUCAAUCCUGCCAAAUCUCAAUCAGAAAAUCUACUUGGAUUUUCACCAAUCAUUGGCAGGGUAUGCCGGACUGGACUUCAUGGAAGUAACAUUUUUUGGACCUAACAAGUGAAAUCCAGAAAAAUGCUCACCCCAAAUAUCAUAUCUAUACUCAUCUGCAAGCCCUUCUUCCUCUUGCGCUUGAACAGCUUUUUGGUUGUGACGUUUGGAUCCAGGAGCCCGAGACUGCAAUGUAACAGCAGAAUUUGACACCAAGGAGGGGGGAGGCGACCCACCAACAACAGCAGUGGCAUCACAAGUUGUCUGAACAUGCAUGCUAGCAGCACAACUUGAAGCUGAAGGUGGCGCAUGAGGAGAAGACCUACUACUGCUGCAGUGUUUGAGGGGAACCUCAGGCUUAGAAGAUGGGGAAGAAGCUUGAUUGUUUUCAGAAUGGGAUGGUGUAAGAUUAUUUGUGGGUCUGCCUUUAGAUGCAGUUUCUAAAGACUGCAAUUCACUAAACCAUGCUAGAGCAAUUGCAGCUGGUCUAAAAGCUUUGAAGUUAUUAGGAGUUGAAGGUGUUGAGCUCCCUGUUUGGUGGGGAAUUGUUGAGAAAGAUGCUGCAGGAAAAUAUGACUGGUCUGGCUAUCUUGCUAUUGCUGAGAUGGUUCAGAAGGUGGGUCUUAAGCUCCAUGUGACACUUUGCUUUCAUGGAUCUACAAAACCCAAUAUCCCCUUGCCCAAUUGGGUUACCCGGAUUGGCAAGUCUCAACCCAAUAUUUACUUCAAGGAUCGGUCAGGACAGCAUUACAAAGAGUGCCUGUCGCUGGCAGUUGAUGGGAAGACUCCAAUUCAAGUGUAUCAGAGUUUCUGCUAGAGCUUCAAGUCUUCGUUCUCUCCCUUCAUGGGCUCUACAAUUACUGGCAUAUCGAUGGGUUUAGGACCAGAUGGCGAGCUACGUUAUCCAUCUCACCAUCAUCUCUCAAGUGAUGGUAAAACUCAAGGAGUUGGGAAGUUCCAGUGUUAUGACCAAAACAUGCUUAGCGUUCUCAUUACCUAUGAUCAGCCACCGUUCUCCGGUUUCUUCACGGAUGGGGCUUCUUGGGAGUCUCCAUACGGGGACUUCUUUCUUUCAUGGUAUUCCAAACAGCUUAUGGCUCAUGGAGAUAGCAUCCUUUCAUUAGCUUCUUCGACACUGGAGUGACAGUGUAUGGAAAAAUCCCACUUAUGCACUCUUUGGUAUGGAACUAGAUCCCAUCCUUCCGAGCUAACAGCAGGGUUCUAUAACACGGCUAAGGGGGACGGGUAUGAGCCAGUGGCCGAGUUGUUUGCUAGGAACUCGUGCAAAAUGAUACUACCUGGAAUGGACCUGUCCGAUGCAUACCAGCCAAAUGAAACCCGUUCAAGCCCUGAGUUGCUUCUUGCACAAAUCAUGGCAGCUUGCAAAAAGCAUGGCGUGCAAGUUCUGGGAGGUUUUGAACAAAUCAAGAAGAAUUUAGGUGGAGAUAAUGUAUUGGACUUGUUCACAUAUCAAAGAAUGGGAGCAUAUUUCUUUUCUCCAGAUCAUUUUCCAUCAUUCACUGAAUUUGUGAGGAGCCUUAAUCAACCGGAACUGCACUCUGAUGAUCUACCAAUUGCCGGAGAAGAAGAAGGCACUCAAUCUAUGAUUACGAGCCAAGAAUCAAGCGUUAGCAUGCAAGCAGCCUAACCAUUAUUGUACCUUUUGCGAUGUUGAUAGUCUCAUGUAUAUAUACCAAUUUAUUAUUCCUGCAACAGAUUUGAGGACAGCUUAUUUUGUAAGAUGAGUGAGCGAGGUUGCCUAUUUAUUAUAACCUCAACAAGCCUAGUUCCAUGACAAUUAUGUGUCUUGUAAAAUAGUCAAGGUGAAUGGCAAAUGACCUUGCUAGUCAAUAUAUUAUUAUUUGGCUUAAAAACAUUUUAUAUGGUAGAAGUAAUACUUUAUCUUCA